AUGUCUCCACAAAGAAGUACCCACAAAAUUCAUCUCAACCUGUUUACUGUGAUGAUUGUUUUGUGUCUGAAUGUUGUUGUUUUAGUGUUGGGAGAUAAGUUCAUCUUUAAUCAUUAUGGAGACAUGGACGGAUUUAGUGGAAAAAUUAUUCAAUUGACCUUUCCCUAUAUUAAUAAUACGACAAAUACUUAUUAUUUGAGUAGGACUGAGAAGAGAGCCUAUACUGAUUGUAAUGAAUUUAGAAUUGGAAGUUACAAGAUUUUGAGAAAUAGUUUUUGUGGAAAUUGUAAAGUUUUGGAUGAUUCAUGGGUUGGAGAUCAUGCCACUGUUUCAACAUUGGUUCCUUCCAUGUAUCCAUUGUGUUAUAUUGAAAAGGAUGGAAACCAAACUAAUUAUCGUGUAGUGGCCAUUAAUUUCCAAUCUCAAUUGCAAGCUACAACUGCCUCUGCAACUCCGUAUUGUCAUGAGGAGUGUGGAGCUGAGUGCUGUAAUUCAAACUCUGUGGUUGCCUCAAUUAGUUUGAAAUAA